CUUUGGACACGUUCAUGAGGCUGGCGGCAAAAAAGCCGAGUUUUAGCUGAACGCAAGUUAAACCAAGCUUGUUACAAUGGAAGCGCAAACCAACCCUUACUCAAAUCAGGUCGGCUCGGCCUCCACGCAGAGUGAAACUCGCGUUAUUCAAAAUCAUCCGACCACCAUGGCCUACGUACGAGAUGAACACACAGUUGUAAAGUACGAGAAUCUUGCUCCGGCUGCGAGCGUAGCUUCGCUGAACGACCAGCGAGUUGGGAAUAAUCACCUCGCAACACACCAGUGGGUUGUACAAGACCAUACUGGAGCCGUUGGUUGGCCAGCGAACACAGUGAGUUUACAAGAAGUUAAACCAAUCUUAAGAGAGGAUGCUUCGCCUGUUAUAACAACAAUUGCUGGAGCAACGCUCGUCCAUCAUCGACCUGGUGGCCACCCUGUAAUGCCUUUAGAGCAAGCACGUUGGCCCAGUACUGCGUCGCAUGGGGCACACUCGCCUGACCACACGCGUAUCCAUAUCAGCAGCGCGAUGCAAGCAGUUCCAACGACUCAUCCAUCGUACGGCACGAUAAACGGAACGGUCCAACUUCAAGGAGCUUUCCCGCAAGCGCCGCAAACAAUUCGCGAAAAUCCGAACGGCCAAGACGCGCCGCACGGAUCUCACCCCGAACUAGAAACACAGGACGACACUCCUACGUCUGAUGACUUGGAACAAUUUGCGAAAGAAUUCAAACAGCGUAGAAUCAAGCUUGGUUUUACUCAGGCGGAUGUCGGGCUAGCGCUGGGUACACUGUACGGAAAUGUUUUCAGUCAAACCACCAUUUGCCGUUUCGAGGCUCUGCAGCUGAGUUUUAAGAAUAUGUGUAAACUCAAGCCCCUGUUAGGCAAAUGGCUCGAGGAGGCGGAUAACAACAACGGUGCUGCGAGUGGCAUCGACAAGCUGGCUACUCAGGGUCGGAAACGUAAGAAGAGAACCUCCAUCGAGGUGGCUGUUAAGGGUGCUCUGGAGAAUCACUUCUGUAAAAAUCCCAAACCGUCUGCGCAAGAGAUCGGCACGCUCGCUGAAAACCUCGGACUCGAUAAGGAGGUGGUUCGAGUGUGGUUCUGCAACAGGCGUCAAAAGGAAAAGCGAAUGACUGCUUCAGUUACUGGCGGAGCCGAAGAUCAACACGUCGGGUCUCCUCAUGUUUCUUCGCCUCACGUAUCGUCUGGUCAUGUCUCUUCUCCGCAUAUUGUUGGUGCGCACAUCGCAGGGCCGCAGUAAGACUUCGUGUGUGUUCUGUCACUCUUCGUAAAUAUAUAGUCGCCAAAAUGUAUUUUUCUAUUGCGCGAAUGAACAAGGAACUAAACUUACAGACAGGCGUGUUAAGUCGAUUAACUCUGACAUUUUUGUACGCCGUCUCGAAAGGGAAGCUGAAUGUGAAAUAGUCUAAUUUCAGCUAGCGUAAGCGCUCGGAGAGAAUUUCGAUUUCAAGUCGGCCGCCUUUCUAAGGAUAUGCAAAAAGGUAUUCUAAUAUUAUGGGCAUGAUUGUAUGUAAAUACUUACUUUGAAAGCUAGAGUAUUUUGCAUUAAGUUUAGAGGAAUUCCAGGGAAAAAGUAUCUAGGACUAGCAGUUUCUUUUAUCACGAACGUUGCGCUGUGUUUAACAUUGCUAAAAGGCCCAAGUUAGGGGUUUUUGUUCGAAGGAUCAUGUGUAAAUACUCUCGAUGGACGCGUAUAAUUUGUCUACUCACCAAGAAACCUAUAUGCUCGUAUUCUGGGCUAAAAAAUCUUUAUUUAGAGUUGUUUUCUGGCAAUGUGAACAAUAUAUUUAUCGUACUUUUCUAUGUUAAACAUGCAUGCUUUUCCAGCCAUCAUACUGUACCCUCAGAUAAGUUAUUAAAACCUUUUCAGUUUAA